AUGGAACAACAAGAGCAGAUCAAUGCGACAUUAAGAGAGGAUGUUGACUCUAUGAAAGCAACAAUUGAUAAGCUCCUCGAACUUGUCCAGAAUUUAGCCACUAAGGAAAGUACCCCUCAACCGCAAAGGAGUACGGAAUGGCCUGAAUUAGGCCUUCCCAAAGGAUAUACUCCCCCAGAAGAAGAAAGUGACCCAAUUCAGGCACCUGUCAUAAUACCAGUCGCAAAUGGAGACCCUACUCCCCAAGGUGUUUCAACGGGCCAAGGAGAAAGUAGCCAACCUCGUCAUGCAAACAAUGGUGUGGGAGGUUAUGUGCCAAAACAAUCAACAACUGUCAAUGCUCACCCUGAUAUUGAACCUGCUCAAAUGUAUCAGGCUUUUGAGGAAAGACUAAAGGCAGUGGAAGGUUUCAGUGUUUAUGGGGUCGAUGCUAUGGACAUGUGCUUAGUCCCAGAUGUGGUCAUCCCUCCAAAAUUCAAAGUACCUGACUUUGAGAAGUACAAGGGUAUCCAUUGCCCAAGGAAUCACCUGAGGAUGUUCUGUAGAAAGAUGGCCGGUUAUGCUGCCAAUGAAAAGCUUAUGAUUCACGUCUUCCAAGACAGUCUAAGUGGGGCAUCAUUAGAUUGGUAUAUACAAUUGGAGAGGGCCCAAAUCCAGACAUGGAAGGAUCUUGCUGAUGCUUUCCUGAAGCAUUACAAGUAUAACUUGGACAUGGCUCCCAAUCGCAUGCAACUUCAGAACCUCACUCAGAAGAGCGAUGAAUCAUUCAAAGAGUAUGCUCAGAGGUGGAGGGAAUUGGCUGCUCGUGUGCAACCACCACUAUUGGACAAAGAAUUGGUUGACACGUUUAUGAGCACUUUGCGAGGUCCGUACUACGAGAAGAUGAUAGGGUGUGUAUCGUCUGGUUUUGCUGACAUGGUGAUAAUAGGAGAACGAGUAGAAGAGGGGUUGAAGAGCGGUAAGAUAAAAAGCGCCUUCAAUGGUCAAGAUGGGGCAAAGAGGAAGAUCGAGGGCGAAACUAGUGCCAUUUCGGUUGGGACAUCACAAGGGCCCACGACUCAACUACCGUAUUUCCAAUACCCAUAUGUGGCAGCGGUAGCCCAAGGGCAAUACCCACCACCGGUGAAUCCUAUGACUCCUGCUCAGCAGAAUCAUCAUCAGCAACAAAAUGGGUACCCUCAGAAGUACCAAGAUGGGCCGAAAAGUAACCAUAAGAGGAGACACACACACUUUGAUCAUGUACCCAUACCGUAUGGUCAAAUACUGCCGUACUUAAUCCAGAAAGGGAUGGUCGAACUAAAACCUCUUCCCCCCGUGACACCACCUUACCCACCUGGUUUCGAUGAGAAUGCUAGAUGUGACUAUCACGAUGGGGCACCCGGACACAACAUUGAGAAUUGUAGGGGUUUUAAGCAUAAGGUUCAGGAGCUUAUCGACCGCAAAUUGCUUUCAUUCAAAGAGGAAUCUGAUUCGUAA